UCUUCUUGUAAUGUUGUAGCUAAUGUUAAUUAUAUGUAUAAAAUUUAAAGAAAUUUAAGUAAUUCAUUUGUAUAUUGAAACAUCAGUCAAAGUUAAUAAAUGUUUUCAAAUAUAACUUAAACCACAAGAUUAAAAUCAUGACCAGGAUGACGUCCUCUAAAAUGUCAGCAUCUCAUAAAAAAUCCCUGGCAGUAUAUUGCAACACGUUCACACCGUCCAACAACAGAUACUCCUUGGAGAGACAAUUUAUUAAUAAGAAAAAGCGUUUUACAUUAUUGACUAAAGAGAUUCAUGAGAAGCAACGGUCAGGUCUUGAAAUGUAUGAAAGCUUGAUGGUUAUUAAGCACAAAUUGAAGGAAUUAGACAAGCAAGUUCAGUUGAAAGAGUUAAAACUGGUUAAUAUAGACAUUGACAAAGACAUUUUAGAAGAUGAUACUAAAAGCGUUAAAAUUGAGUGUCGAGAGAACUUAAGAUAUUCCAUACAAAUGAUGCUAGAGCAGUUGGUGGAAAUAUUUCAUAACUUAUUAAAUGAUACCACUUCUAUAUCAACUAUGUUAGAAACAGAUGAAACAUCUGAGUUAAUGGAUGACAACCUGUUAAAGCAGAAGGGGUCGGAAAUGAAGAAGCAGUUGGAUUUAGUAGUUGAAGUGCAGAAAAAGAAAUUUGAGGAUAUUGUGUGCAAAUGGAAGACAUUGGUGUCCAACAAACCAGAAGAAGAGAAAAUGGGUGGUCACCAUGUUAUACAUCAAAUUGGAAACAACCGGCAUAAGAAGUUAUUAGAAGCAACCAUGAAAUAUGGAAAAACCAUCAAAGAACUCGAGAAGAAAAUUAAGGAUUUAAAUGAUGACAUUGUACUCGAAAGGAAAUCCUCAUUGGAGCAGAAAAAUCGAAACUGUAUUAAUAAUGAAAGCAUAAAAAUAAUAAAAGCUAAAAUGCGUACUCUAGAAACAAAUGUUAAAGAAGAGGAAGAAAAAAAUUCGAACCUUACUAAAAAGCUACAGGCAAUUAAAAGCAUACAUAAGUCGAAGGAAGAACAGUGGCUAAAGGAAAAAGAAGAGCUGAAAAAUAUUAUGAAACAACAAAAGGAAACUCUAGAGAAAAUUACCAAAGAGAGGAAUCAGUUCGAAGCUAGAUGCAAAGAAGUGGAAGAGAAGAGUAAACAAACGGAGAAAUUGAUCGUUGAAAUUAAUGAGCUAAAAUCUCAAGUUGUUGGAUUGAAUAACAAACUAGAAAAAGAAAAAGAAGUUCGAAAUCAAAGAGAGUUGAUGAAUUUGAAUAACUCAGUGGAGGAAGGACGUGAAGACAAGGUCUCAUCAGCAUAUAAUCUCCAACCAGAAGAUACUGAAUAUCUAUGUGCUUUUGAGAAUACCGAAGAAGGCACAGAAGAAUGCUAUGACGUUGAAUAUUAUAUUAUAAUGGAAUCUUGGAAACAAACAAACAAGGAAAUCUCAAGGAUAUCUAAGGAAUCUAAUGAUCUGAUGAACCAGUUUCUCCAACUGACGAAGCUAAUGGAAAUGGAGAAGCAGCUUAUUGUAAAGGAAAACGGUGAUUUUGAAGGAGUCACUAAGAAGGCAAUUCUGGAUCUAACUGAAAUGCAAAUUCAACUUAUAUUACGUGAUAAUACUAUAGAGCAGCUUAAGAAAUCACAGGAUAAGUUACUUGCAGAAAAAAUAAACAAUGAGAAGGAGAUCAAAGGUUUGAGAGAAAAAAUGUACCUACGUGAUCGAAAAUUAUUGGAAUUAUGGAACCGUAAAACGUACUCAAAGAUAUUGAAGACAGAAUAUAAUUGCAGUUUAAAAAUUGUGAUUCCUAAAUCAUUAGAACGGUUGUAGUUAUGUACUUAACAAAAAUAUACAAAUAUAGCAAUAAAUAAGUCCAUAAAUAUU